AAACCCUCUAUGCUUCACUCACUGCAACUUAAGAGUACCAGAAAAAUGGUGAGCAGAGCUACCUGUUUGAGGCUUCUUCGAUCAACGACGACAUGUCGCCGAUCGUUCUCUACAGAAAUGGAGGUGGUAGCGGAGACGGCGACGGUAUCAACGUCGGCCAUCACUCAAAACAACCGAAGAAACGCCGGUCGCCGGAGAUUGUCGGACCUUAUGAACAGAGCAGACCCGCUUAAAACCAACUUCAAAGAUGCUCUAAAUAAAUUGCAUAACGAAGGGAAACCGUUAAGAAAGGUAGAGAUUAUUGACUGCCUCAGCCAUCUCCGUAGAAGCAAUAGGUUUGAUCUUGCCCUUCAGCUGUCUAAAUGGAUGGAAAUCAGCAAAAUUACGAUCAGCGAUGCCGAUCGUGCAAUACGGAUAGACCUUCUGGCCAAGACAGAAGGCACAGAUUCAGCCGAAAAGUAUUUUGACAGCCUGCAAGAAUCUGAAAAAACUAGUAAAACCUAUGGAGCACUUCUCUGGUGUUAUUGCAGGAAGAAAAUGCUGGAUAAGGGUUUGAAGCUUUUUGAGAAGAUGAAAGAGCUCAAUUUUGCAUCUACCUUAAAUUAUAACAAUGUCAUAUCUCUUUAUUUAAGCAAUGGCCAGCCUGAAAAAGUCCCUCCACUGGUUCAAGAAAUGGAGCAGAGAAAUAUUGCAGCUGAUUUGUAUACCUAUAAUCAGUUGAUGACCAGCUAUGUUUCGGUAAAGGAUAUAGUAUCAGUUGAGGAUGUUCUUGAAAAUAUGGAAAACAAUCAGGUAAAGUUGGACUGGUUCACGUAUGGAAACCUAGCUGGCAUGUAUAUCAAUACCGGCGACCUUGAUAAGGCGAAUGGUAUUCUUCAAAAGAUGGAGAAAUUAGAAGAUAUAAAUGACCGUGAGGCAUUCCACACCCUAAUCACGUUGUAUCAGAAAACAUCUAAUUCGUCAGGAGUCAAUCGUGCAUGGGAAUCAUUGAAGUCGGUUGUUCCAACUCCCAGUAAGGUGAGCUAUCUCAUUGUGCUUGUAGCGUUAUCCAAAGUAGGGGAUUUGGAAAACCUUGAGAAGUGUUUUAGAGAAUGGGACUCAGGCUGUAGACAUGAAAUCAGAAUUUCUAAUGUGAUGAUAGAGUCCUAUCUCAAGAGAAAUAUGAUUGAAGAAGCAAAUUCGGUUUAUGAGAAUGUGUUGAAACAAGGUGUUGAACCCAACUUAAGAACUUUUGGUGCAUUCACAAAUUACUUUAUAAAAAAUACUCAGAUAGAUUUGGCUCUGAAGUAUUUGGAGAUGGGUGCCAGCAAGGCAAAUCCUGAGAAACGUUGUUGGUUCCCUGUGGAUGAAACCAUCAAGAUGUUUCUAGCAUACUUCGAGGAUAAUAGUGACCCUGUCAGAGUUAAGCAAUUCUGCGAGAUUAUGAAGAAGAUUAAUCGUCUCGAUUCCACUGUAUAUGACUCUCUUCUAAGCAAAAACUAUGCAGCCUCUGAAGUGGAAUUAUGAACACCUUAAUGGUUGAGAGGAAGGCAUGAGAGGCUAAGCUCGAAGUUUCUCAACCCAGUACCAAGUUGUAUGGAAUCUCACAAUCUCGCUCUACAUUUGCAUCGAUCCAUAUAGCUAUUUUUCAUGCUCUUUACGCUUAUCAUUAUAUGCAUUGAAGAAUGAUGUUGAUUAACCAAGAGAGUUAUGUCAGCUCACUGAUAUUCCUGCCCAUUUUCAGUGCAAAAAACAGUUACCAUUUAAGUGAGAUGAGAUCACAGAGCAGCUCAUUGAAAAAUUAGUUGUAUUCCAUCUUAUCUAUUCCAGUUUUCUGUAUCCUCUAUAGAUUUGAUAGCUCAAAGUUAUUUUUUUUUUAGUCUUCAACUUUGUAUUAUCUGGAAAAGGAGUGUAUAAAUAACUUGUCACAGUUAGGCGUGAAAUUCUGGAUCAUCUAUUAAUUGUUCUUGAAUUAUGUG